AUGGAAGACAACAAGGCCGAGCUACUGCAAUAUGCACGUGACUACGCACCCACGAAGGACCUGUACGCCAUGCUAGGCGUGACAUCGGAUACAGAAACACCCGCCAUCCACCGCGCCUGGCGCAAAGCCUCGCUGAAGCACCACCCCGACAAGGCAGGCGCGCAGUUCGACGCGGAGCUAUGGCAACUCUUCGAGCGCGCGCGCGACAUCCUCUCGCAGCCCGAGGCGCGUCAGGCCUACGACACGGCGCGGGGCGCGGCCCUGCAGCACGAGCAGGCGCGCGCCGCCAUGGACAAGGCGCGCCGCGACAUGAUCGAGGACCUGGAGGCGCGCGAGCGCGGCGUCAAGCGCAAGGCCGAUGGCGGCGGCGACGGGGGCAGACACGUCAUGACCGAGGCCGAGCGCAGGGUGCUGCUGGAGAAGGGCAACCGCAGGCUGGAGGAGCGGCGGCGACUCAUGGCCGAGGCGGAAGCCCGCGAUCAGGAGCGCGAGCGGCUGCGGAGGGCUAAGGAGAAGGAGGAGGCCGAGGAGGAGGCUGCUCGCGAUGUCCCAGCGGCCCGGAGUGACGACGCUACAAUGGAUGCUGGUUCGGCGCCUGCCGCGCGGCAAGAAGACGGCUACGACGAUCGCAUAGCGGACCUCGAACGGCGACUUCAGGAGUCACGGGAAAAAAAGGCGGCACGCAAAUCAGGGAAGAAGGUACGAAAGGGCGAUGCAGUUCCGAGUGUACGGGCUACAAUGUCAGCUACAUCACCAAAAUCAACAUCUACGGCAGGUACGACAGAUACGACACAACCUUCCAGGGUCAAGGGCGACUUGAUGGCGAGAUUGCGAGCGGCGCAAGCAGAAAAGGAGCGGAAGAAGGCAGAGGAAGCCGCAGGCGCGGCCGCACAAUAG